ACUCCACCACCACCUCCAAUGAUCAUCUCUCCAUUGUUACCUUAUGCGCGCGCGCGAGCCACUUGGGCCCGACCCAACCGAGCUGACAAGCUGCCUGGUCAGCUCGCGCGCGUCCCGUCCCACCUGAAUCAACCUCACCUUUUGUCUGCUUGCGACGCCCAUCGCAGCAAAUCGACAUGGGCGAGAGACACGUACCCAGCUCGGCGCCGCAGUCCAUCUUCUCGUCGGGCCGAGUACGUGACGGGAACAGCAGUGGCGCCCCCGACUUGCGCCUCUUCCACUACAACGAUGUCUAUCACGUCGACCGGGCCAGCGCCGAGCCUGUUGGCGGGGCGGCGCGCUUCCUGACGCUCGUCAAGGAGUACCGCGAUGGGAAGCAAUUCGAGGGGCAGCCGAGGCUGUUGACCUUGUUUUCCGGCGACGCCUUCAACCCGAGCCUCGAGAGCAGCGUCACCAAGGGCCGCCACAUGGUUCCCGUAUUGAAUUCCAUUGGCACCGACUGUGCCUGCGUCGGGAACCACGACUACGACUUCGGCAUCAAGCAAUUCGAGCACCUCGCCAGCAAGUGCGACUUCCCCUGGCUGCUCGCCAACGUCCUGGACCCCGCCCUAGGCGACAACGUGCCCAUGGGCAACGCCAAGCGCACGCACAUGCUCACCACGUCCAACGGCAUCAAGGUCGGCCUCAUUGGCCUCGGCGAGCGCGAGUGGCUCGCCACCAUCAACAGCCUGCCGCCCAAUCUCAUUUACAAGUCGGCCAGCGCCACGGCCCGCGAGCUCGUGCCCCAGCUGCGCGCGCAGGGCGCCGACAUCGUGAUAUGCCUCAGCCACAUGCGCGAGCCCAACGACAACAAGCUCGCCGAGCAGACCGACGGCAUCAUGGACAUCAUCCUCGGCGGCCACGACCACUACUACAGCCACAGCUUCAUCAAGGGCACCCACGUGCUGCGCUCCGGCACCGACUUUAAGCAGCUGAGCUACAUCGAGGUGCGCCGCAAGGGCGACGGCGGCGGCUGGGACUUUGACAUUUGGCGGCGCGACGUCACCUCCGACGUGGCCGAGGAUGAGCACGCCGCCCAGCUCGUGCGCGAUUUGACGUCCAAGCUGCAGAGCUCGCUCUCGCGGCCGGCGGGGUGGACGGCCACGCCCCUCGAUGCGCGCUUCAGCACCGUGCGCACGCGCGAGUCCAAUAUCGGCAACUUUGUGUGCGACGUGAUGCGACGGUACCACAACGCUGACUGCGCCCUCAUGGCGUCGGGCACCAUCCGCGGCGACCAGAUCUACCCACCAGGUGCGGUGCGCAUCAAGGACAUUGUGACGUGCUUCCCGUUCGAGGACCCAGUGGUAUUGUUGCGCGUCAAGGGCCAGGCGAUAUGGGAUGCGCUCGAGAACUCCGUGUCGACGUAUCCGGCGCUGGAGGGCCGCUUCCCGCAGGUAUCGCGCAUCGAAUUCGAGUUUGACCCGCGCAAGGAGAGAGGCAAGAGGCUCAACUGGAUGAAGAUUGGGGGAGAGCCAUGUGAGCCGCAGCGAAAGUACACGCUGGCUACUAGAGGUUACAUGGGGCGUGGAAAGGAUGGCUACAUGAGCUUGCUGGUCGCCUCGGAGGGGGGCGAAGCCGAGGAGCUAGUGGACGAGGAGAACGGCAUCCUCAUCUCGACCAUGUUGCGGCAGUACUUUAUGGGUCUGCAGACGGUGGGCCGGUGGAAGAAGCUGCCGACGCACUGGGUCGGCGUCGCUGAGGAGGCGGACGUGCCCAAGUCGCCGUCGAGCCCUCGAACCGACAGAUCAGCCGCCGCCGCCGCUCUGCCGGCGCAAGCCCACAAAGAGGUCGAGUCAAGCAGUGAGCCCUGGCGCGAGUUCCUCCUGCGACGGCUGGGGCUGCGCAAGGAGCCCCUAGACGACGAUGAGGACGACCACUUUGACCCGCACCGGGACACCCCGAGCAGCGGCAGCGGCAGCGGCAGCGGCAACAGCAAUGGGGAGGAGAGCGACUCGACCGACGACAAGAUGGACGUGCAAAUCCUACUGAUGCGCAAGUUUUGGGCACGGUGGGCGGCGCGGGCGGGCGUCAAGUCGUGCGUGUGCGACUCUGCCCAAGGCGAUUGCACCGUCGACUGGACGAGGGUCAUUGCGCCGUGCGUCGAGGGCAGAAUCCGCAUGGUCGGAGGAGGCGACUCGUCACAGCCACAGCAAUAGUCUAACGAAGUCCAGUGGGCACGAAAUAGAUGGGUGUGGGCACACGGCAGCGUUUGCUCUAUUGUGAGUCUUUGUAUCCCUGGGUGCUAUGUACAUGUUGGACGGAUUCCGAGUCUCCCGCCGAUCUAUCUAUCCUCUUGCCGUGACGAGAGCUUCCUUCAUGCGACCUCCUGGCAUAUCUUACCUCACUGGGCGCACUUGCCACUGCGGCAGACGAGGCUAUCGGCACAGUCAUUUUCGUUGCCGCACGACGCGCCUGUGUCAUCGUCGUCAGUACUGCUACGGUAGGAGAUGUCGAGAAGGGGAGGAGGAGGAGGGACAAAAGGGGGCGGGCAGGCGGGAAAGACGACUUACCUUCGCAGUGACCCUCCCACGUGCAAGUGCUGCGCGACGCGCUGCACUUGCCGCCGGAGCAGACGAGAUUGUCGGAGCAGUCGUUGUCAGAACCGCAGGAGGCGCCUGAUGGUCGUGUUGCGGGCCGUUAGUAUUCAGCACGACAAGCAAGACAUGAAUCAACGACCCCUGGUCCGAGAGCGAUCUUCUUCUGCUUCACCACGCACGCAACGCAACGCACCUUUGCAGUGGCCCUUCCAGGAGCAGUCAUCCCCACCAGGGGGAUUCGUCGGUGGGUUGCCUCCGUCCCCGCCGAUGCGCUGGAUGAGCCUGUCGCCGAGCCCCUCGAUGCUGCGCUCAAACUCGUCGUAGCUCUGGGCGUUCCACUUGGCGCCGCGGGCCCCCGGCACGGCGUCCUUGCCGGGGAAGGCGAUGUAGAGGACGUCGUUGUCGUCGUGGCCGGCGUUGCCGUUGACGCCGCGGCCGAAGCAGGCGGUGGCGAGGGAGAUGGAGGCCUCGCCGACCAUGGGCUGGUCGCCGUCGUCGCCGUUGGUGUCGCCCCAGACGCCGUAGAUCUGCAGAACAGGAAAUACGUCAGCCGCAGGUUAGUGCCUAGGCUCUCCCGACAAGGGUCUGUUUGCUGAGGGCAGAGAGACGGAUACAGAGCGAGGGAUACAGAGCGAGGGGGGGUAAAGGGGUUGAGGGGUUCUCAGAGACAGGCAGGACGCACGAGCUUGUUGUUGCACACCACGGCCAUGACGCUCAGGGGCUCGACGCCGUACCGCCGGGGGUCAAACGUGCGCCACCCGGGCUUGGAGCCGUCGUUGCCGAAGACGACGUAGGGGUGGGCGUUUGCGUCGAGGUCGCGCUGGCCGGUGCCGUAGGAGGCGACGGUGUCCCGGAAGGACGUCUGCGACUGCGUGUCGCCCGAGGAGCCGCAGCGGCCGUCGUCGGCGGGGCCGCGCUGGAUGCCGUCGCAGUCAAUGUCCAUGUUGGCGAGCUGCCCGCCGCGGCCCUGCAGGUAGAUGACGUUGUGGUCUUGCGCGUGGUCGCCGCAGUAGUCAAAGUCUGGGG